AUGCGCAACUGGCCUCGCGUGGUGAUGCUUGCUGCGGCCGCGUGGACCGGCGCGGCCGCGGCCAGGGAGUUCCGGGCUCUGGUGUAUCGCGGACCGGCCGUGUGCCAGAACUGUCCUGGGGCCCUGGCGCAGCUUUUGGAAUCAUCGCCGCAAAAGGUGGCCGUCACGUAUGCUGGUCCCGGUGAGGAGGUCAAGGUGACGGCCGAGAGCUUGCGCAACGUGGAUGUGUUUGCGUACGGAGGCGGGCCAGACCUAGACGGCGCCUGGGCGGAAAUCCAAGACGCGGCCCCCGCGAUCCGCGACUUCGUCUCCCGGGGCGGCCGCUACAUGGGCGUCUGCCUCGGGGCCUUCCUCGCCGGCUUCUCGCCGGGCCUCGGGCUCCUCCCUGCCGGGGCCGACGUCGACCGCGAGAUCGACCAGCGCCGCGCGCAGGUGGCCAACGACUCCGACACCCUCAUCCAGGUCGACUGGACCUUCCAGUCCGCCGCGGCCGGCCACGCCAGGGGCCAGACCGUCAGCGACCGCUGGGCCUACUUCCAGGACGGCGUCGCCAUCAAGGGCCUCCCCGGGGCGCGACGACGCGCCAGGGACAGGGCCGCCGGCCACGCCGUGCUCGCGCGGUAUUCCCAGUCCGGCGACGUCGCUGCCUCGCGGACCCCCCACGGCGACGGAUGGGUCGUCCUCGUUGGCAUCCAUCCGGAAGCAACCUCCCUGUGGUACAAUAGGUACAACUUGACCAACCCUGAUGGUAUCCAGUUCGAUAUCGGAUACGACUUUGUCAGUGCCGCUUUGGGGUCUGCCGACGGAACGCCCGGGAACCAGACCCAGAAGAGCGGGGCGAGCAGAGGGGAACGCGGUGCGCCGCAUAACCCUUUGGGUUUGGUAGUUCAGAUGGUUAAGAAACUCUUUUGGGGGCGGUGA